AUGGUCCUCAACAAAGUACUAGAAGGAAAUCUCCAAGUGUGUUACAACAUAUUCCGCAUGGACAAGACCAUUUUUAGGCACUUGUGUAAUGAGUUGAAGCGGUUGCACCUAUUAGAGGAGGACACUGGUAUUGUUUCAGUUGAGGAGGCUAUUGGGACAGUGCUAUUUAUUGUCGGACACAACGCUGACUACUGGCUAACUGCCAACUGCUUCCAACAUUCUCUCAAGACCACUCAAAGGCAAUUCCGGCAUGCCUUGCGUGCUAUCCAUGCUUUGGGAUGUCUCAUCAUCUGGCUCGACGCUGAUGCAGCUGAGCUUCCUCAUUCACUUCGAGGGAAUGAGAAAUAUUACCCAUGA